CACAAACACGGUUGAGGGAAGAUCUCACAGUGGACGCCACGCAGUACAGUAGUCGACGACGACGAGCCAGCCACCCGAGACCAUCAUGCAGCAGUACCAGUCCAAUGAUGAGAACGUCGUCCCUACCGCCCUCCGCGCGCGCCCCACGCGCGUGUUCAAGCCGCUCGGUAGCCGGAGCUUAAAGCAGCACGGCGAGAAGGUCGGCCCGCCCAAGGUGGCCCAGACCUUCAAGCGCUCGGCGCUCGGCGAGAUCACGAACAACAAGCUCACGGCGCAAGUGGCCCAAAGCACCAAGCUCCUCCGUGACGGCCAGAAGGUGGCCCGUCGCCAAGAGGUGAUUCGCCGCACGUCGCUCGUGAAGGAAGAGGUGCCGAUUAAGUCGGAGCUUGGCAUCGAGCCUGAGCUGGAGGCGUACAACCCGUACGACAUUGACUCGAAGGACAAGGGCGAUGAACUGGCCUGUUCGCAGUACGCCGCCGACAUCCACAAGUACUACUUUGAAGUCGAGAAGACGCGCAUGCCCAACCCGUCCUACAUGACGGACCACUGCGACGUCAACAUCAAGAUGCGUGGUAUUCUCGUCGACUGGCUCGUCGAUGUUCACUACAAGUAUCACCUUGAGCCACAGACGCUCCACAUUGCCGUGAACCUCGUGGACCGCCACUUGGAGAAGAAUGUGACGCUGCAGCGCGCACGCCUCCAGCUCGUGGGCGUGACCUCCCUCUUCAUUGCGUCGAAAUACGAAGAGAUCUACCCACCCGAGGCCGAGGACUUUAUCAAGAUCACAGACAACGCGUACGACCUCAAGGAUCUCUUCAAAAUGGAAGAGGAGCUCCUCGCGAGCAUCGGCUACCGCGUCACGUCGCCGACGUCGUUCCAGUUCAUGAACCGGUUCCUCAAGGCGUCUGCCACCGAGGACCCCAAGAUGCGCCACUAUGCCCACUACAUUGUCGAUCGCUGCAUGCAAGAGUACAAGUUCCUCAAGUACCGGCCGUCGAUGCUGGCGGCGACGGCCGUGUACCUCACCCGUACCUAUAUGUCUGCGUCGCCCGUCUGGUCGGCGACGGCGGAGCACCACUCGACGUAUUCGGAAGCCGCUCUCGCUGCGUGCAUGAACGACGUCAGCACCAUGCUCCUCACGGCGUCGCUGGGCGUCGGCAAGUCGGCCAAGCUCACGGCCGUCAAGCGCAAGUUUGCCAAGGAAAAGUACCACUCGGUGUCGCUCUUCCAGCUCAAGCACAGCGACGCGUAGACCGUGUCGAUAGCGGAGGUGUACGCAGUAUAUCCAUUAGCAGUAUAGUUUACGUUUAGUUAAUAAUUAGUCCUUGACACGAUUGUAC